CUGACUUCACGGCGCAUUUUUCUUAACAUUCAUCUGCCUUUGCGUUUGAAUGCGCUGCCAGAUCUUCUCAUCACUAAGCACUGGGUUAAAAAAAGGAUGCUCCCGGACAGAAAAUGAAUUGUGGACGAUCAGAAACGGCUUCGUAUUUUCUUAUCUGGGUCAUUUGCGAGAGUUUUUCAUAAACCUUAUUGCGGAUUUUUACUUUUACCCUUCCGAACAACUGGGUUAAUUGUUAAUGAUGAUCUUGAUAUUAUUUUAAUAACGUUUUCACCAGGAACGAAUAGAAAGUCGUGAACAGAUAUUUCCCGUCAGACUACGUUUAACGAAAGGAAUAUGGCAAAACAUAUUAUAGAUGUCCCAAGGGAUGAUUUAAGUAAGAUUUCGGAGGAAGAACUCCUUAGAUGCAGCAAAGAGGAGCUGCUUUGGAGACUCCGAAAAGUGGAUAACGAAAAGAUUAACUUAAUGGUGGAACAUGGGAACAUGAUGAAGGACGUCAACCGGAGAUUACAAGUGCAUCUCCACGAGAUACGGAGCUUGAAGGAGGUGAACCAGAAACUGCAAGAAGACAACCAGGAGCUUAGAGAACUGUGCUGUUUCUUGGAUGAUGAUCGGCAGAAAGGGAAGAAACUGUCUCGGGAAUGGCAGAGAUUUGGCAGGUACACUGCCAAUGUUGUUUGGAAGGAGGUUGGAAUAUUUCAGCAAAAACUGAAAGAUCUAGAGGCCACACAAGAGAUUGUGCUGAGAGAGAAUGUGGAGUUAAAGGAAAUCAUUGUGAUGUUGGAUGAGGAGAGGAAUGGAGCUGGAUCCAGGAGCUCCAUAGACAGUCAGUCCAGCCUGACCAAUAUGAACGGUGGUUCUAAUAAUGUUAGAGAUGUUGGAGAUGGAAGUAGUACCUCCAGUACAGGUAGUGCUGCGAGCCCAGAUCACCAUCGCAGCCAUACGCACAAACCUUCAGAGGGCAAAAUAGGGCCCGCCAGAAGGUCUAUGGAUGAUCUGUCCUCCAACCAUCUGCACAGAAGCAAUGGCCUCAAUGAUUCUUCUUCAAACUACAUCCAUCAACUAGAGACUAAAAUCCGGAUUUUAGAAGAUGGCAACAAACAGUUAUUAUCCCAGCAGGGCAACAUCGGAGAUUUGAAGACACUUCAGAAAGGGUUGUCCCUGUAUCACUCAGAAUCCCAGCUGUCCUCGCUAUCUCAGUACCAAGACACAUUACAGAACCAGGGGUCUACACGGAUGCCCGGAGGUGAUCUGCCAUCCCCUGUCACAGGCUAUCUGCCAGCAGAACAGAAACCUGAGGCUGUAGUACAUGCCAUGAAAGUUUUGGAGGUCCAUGAGAACCUGGAAAGGAAGAUCCCAGAGGACUAUGAGGAGGAUCUCAGUGAGAAAGAAAAAGCCAUCGUCAGAGAGAUGUGUAAUGUGGUGUGGCGUAAGCUCGGUGAUGCAGCAGGAUCCAAACCCUCCAUCCGCCAACAUCUCUCUGGGAACCAGUUCAAAGGCCCUAUGUAGCGCCAAUGUCAGUGACCAGUGGGGCCCUGAACGAACAAACAAACAAACAAACCUGUGAAUAUAAUGAGAGGAACAGACAGUCUUGAAACUUUGUGGAAGAGCCACAAAGAACUGUCCUCCUACUGCCAGCUCUUCUUAGCUUAUGGCAUUAAUUUUAAACAUUUAAAACCUAUUACUUACAAUACCAGAUGGUUGUAUAGAUAAUAUGAUGAUCUCACAAUUAGCACAGGCUAAAACAUAGAUCUAUUUAUGAGCAUACCAUUCAAGUAUUUAUAAAAGGCAGCUUAAUGGAUUAAUCUUCAAUCCAGUUAUGGUAAUGAAAGCACACAGCUCUUAGAUCAAGGCCCCAUGGAACCACUCCUACAUGAAAUAGCCAUUUCACUCCAAAAAUGUUUUUUUAUUUUGGCAAAAGACCAUUCCAUCUUGUCCAUACCCUCUAUAGAAGUGCUCCUUCAGUGAGAGAUGUAUAUGUAAGCAGGAUCAUAGCAGGAUAGGUAAACUUCAGACUGGUUUCAGGUAGUUCCUGGAUUCAAAUGACGUAUUUGCUGCUCAGGUUCCCUGAAAUACAGGUACAUGAUCUGAGAUAAUUCUACACUUUUAUAUCAGUAAAUUCUGCAGUCUGCAAAAAGUCAGAGAACAUAUGCUGGGCAGCUCAUUAUAAGUUUAGUAUAAUGUAAGUAAGCUUAAAGUUCACUUACCAUUUAAAGGAACAGUUCACCCAGCAAUCAUCCAAAGUCUUCACAGGGUUUCAUUUCAUGUUAUGCAAGUGAAUAGUGACUUCAGUCUGUCAAGCUCAAAAAGGACCAACAAAACAUCAUAAAACCACAGUAAAAGUAAUCAAGGUGAAAAAUAUUGAAUAAAGUACAAAGUGAUUGUAUUGCUUCAGAAGACUUGGAAUAUAGUGCAUACAUUGUAUUGAUUACUUUUUCUUUGGUUUUACGGUGUUAUGUGUCUUUUUCCGAGUUUGACUGGAGUCUCUAUUCAUUUGUUUUAAUGCAAAUAUACCAUGUGAAGACUUUUAAAAGUUUCUCCUGUUAUGUUCUACUGAAGAAAUAGUAAUUCAAUGACAGAAUUUUAAUUUUUGAGUGAGCUGUACCUUUUUAGUCCAGUUUUGUCCAAACAAUCCCCAUAAAUGUAAUUUACUGUAGCUCAAAUUUGCAGGUCACAAAGUUACAUGGCAUACUGUAUUACUAAAAAUUAUUUAAAUUCCAAAUUGACAAUCAUAAUUAAUUGAAGGCUUUCAAUGCCUUUAUUUGUCUUUGUUUGUCCUUUAUAUAAAAGAGAAUGGAUUGCCAGUUAAAAGUAUUUAUGUCGUUAAGCCCUUUUCCUUUGAAGAUGGCACAAUAUAGUGUACUUUAUCACAAAUGAGACCUGCAGUUAUAGUCAUAACUGUAUGAAGCCCUUAAUUUAAAGUACUGUUAAAUCUGUAUGAGGUGUAAAGAUAAAGUCAUGUAUUAAAACAACUGGAACUGUAGUAUUUUGCGUAUAGUUGAGCUUCCAGAUACUGCAUUGAUUAGGUGCAAUAGAGCAGUAUGUUCAGUGCUAAAUUAAGUUGCUACACUGAGCAAAGUCUUGAAAGUAUGGCAGUUUUGCAUAUUUUUAAUUCAGCCUGGAAUAGCAAUACUAAUUCCAGUUUGCAGUGUAAGGUCAUAUCAGAACAGUAUUUCUGAAAGCAUUUAGAAGGUGAUGAAACUUUAACACAUGCAAUUUGAAUGAUGUAGUCUGCAAUUGGACCUCAGCCAAUCACAUUCUUUUCUACCCUUGUUCCCAGAUUGUCAUUUCUGCACUUACUAAAUUAUUUAUUAAAUAAAGCCAUAUGUGAUGAUACAUACUGGAUAAAUUGUGAGAAGUUUGGUAUGAGAUUUGUAUUAUUAAUCAUAGGGAUUGUUUGGCUGUGAAAUGUCUAAUUCUGCUCCAUAGGCCUAGUACAUGAAACUUUCUUUUGGACAACAUCUUUUUGUAUAUAUAUAAGAUAUAUAAAAGUCUUGCUUGUAUCAGGGCUAUAUACGAGUAGAGGAAUGGAAAGCUUGUAGUGAAGAACGCAGUAUAUGAUGUAUCUUUGAGUUUUGUGUGAUAUAAUUCAGAUCCAUUAUCUGAGUAUGCAAGAACUGCCUCAAAAGAUUAUUGUUGCAUUCACACAAAAGCUCUGUUUUGAAAUUCAGUGACCCGAUAAGCCAUAAUUUUGUAUUAUUGUGUUGAAAUCAAAGCUAUUUUGAGCAUUUUAGAAAUCCCUCGACCGAACAUGUUAUUUUUGUAUUAAACUUUUAUGUGUAAAAAUUGCAUAUUUAUGAGAGCACUUGCUGAAAUCACAUUUGUAUUGGAUUAAUUUGUUCACCUUGGAUGCAGCAGGCAGCUUUAGCAGUGUGUUAACUUUUUUGUUUUACAAGGAAGUGAACAAAAUGAGCAGCAAACAUUUGAAAAAGGAAAAAAUAAUUACAACGUUAUUAUGAAAUGGGUACUUUGUGAAUUUGGGUCAGUAUACCUUGCGUGUUCUGUUAUCAAGACAAUACACUGUAUAUAUUGCCUCAGUUUUGCUGUAAAUGUGAACACAAAAGAAUACACUCUUAAAGCUAUUUUUUGAAAAAGUGUCCUUUAUAAGCAGAUUUAGACUACACAACUACUGACUUUUUUGUAUUUGUUCAUUUUAAAGCACAAAGGAAUCAGAAAUGCUGGUAUAGUUUCCACUUUUUCUUUUCUUUUUUGAGCAUUUGAUGUUUGAAUCUUUCAUGAAAUUCAACGUGUAGCCUGUCUGUAUGUGAAACACACAUAAAGUCGUAUUCUAGGGCAUACAAGUCAGCGCUAUGUAAAUAACUAUAACUGUAGAAAUCCUGUAACUAGCAUGCGUUUAUAUAUUUUUAAUAAGCUGUAUGUAGCUGAGAAUAGACCUGUAUUUUAGCAAAUAAAUAAAAAUUAAAUGCAAAUAACCCUCUAGCAGAGUUGAAAUAAAAAUUAAUCCUCUCUUUUUAAAAUGUUCCCUCUUUUAUAUAUAUAUAUA